AUGAAAAGUCAAGAUGCUGUUGAUGAUGUUAAAAAUUCAUUAUACGAACUAACAACAAAUAUAAGCCAAUUUUACAACAGUAUGAAGAAAAAUUAUAAUGGAAUAAAGAAUAAUUACUAUAUUUUAUCAUCAAAUGUAAGCGAUGUAUCCCAACGAUUUGAUAUUGUCGAAUCAUUAUGGCCUGGGAUAUUGCUGCAAGUAAAUUCAACAAUUGAACAAAUAAGUGAUUUGGCUGACAGCCAUAAUGAAUUGAAGCAGUUAUCGCGUCAACAAGGACAUUUGAUUACUUCUGGGAUCGGAAAAUUAGAACAAAAACUUGAUGUGUCAUUAGCCGCUCAUAAUAUGGAAGUAUCCAGACUUCGUAAUGAUAUUAUCAGUUAUGUACUUAACGUUCAAGAUCAAGUCAUGGAGGUACAAAGAGCAGUCGAAAAAAUUUUUCAAUGUAGUUGUGUAGCUCCUGGUAAAUUUAUGAAUUCAAGAACUUUCAGUCCAUCUAGAUCAAAUGAUCUCGUGUCAUCUUAUCCAAAUGAAUUGUCGCAAUUAAAACAAAUUUCUUCAUAUUUCCCAUUAGAAACUUCAAAAUUAAUUUCAAAUAUCUCUAAAGUUCAAAAUCAAAUUGAUCGUCCUCUCGGAGUAUUAGGCGGUGUCGGUAGUUUAUUAUUACUCUCAAAUUUGCCCUUUGCAAUAGUUAGCAAUAUUUCAAGUAGUAUAAAUAUUUCUGGAUCCAUGCCUUCACAAGAAGGUUCAACGAGAUCACCACCUGGAACCAGUACAACUCCAUUCAAUGGAGAAUACACUGAAGUAACCGUAACAUCACCUUAUAAACCAACUCUAAGACCCUCGACUCAACCAUCAACUUAUGCACCACCACCACCACCACCACCACCACCACCACCACCACCUAAUGGGCAGCCACCUAACGGACGGCCACCUAAUGGACGACCACCUAACGGACCACCAUCUAACGGAUGGCCACCUAACGAACAGCCGCCUAAUGGACAACCUCCUAAUGGGCAGUCACCUAACGGACGGCCACCUAACGGACAGCCGCCUAAUGGACAACCUCCUAAUGAUCGGCCACCUAACGGACAGCCGCCUAAUGGACAACCUCCUAAUGGUCGGCCACCAAACGGACAGCCGCCUAAUGGACAACCUCCUAAUGGACAGCCGCCAGCUUAUGAAACAACAACAACAUACAGACCACUAUAUUCACCGUCGACUUCAACAACAUCAAGGCUAUAUGAAGAGACCACAUCAUAUUACCCAACAAGUGAUAGAUCAACAACAACAACUCAUAAGCCGAUGCUUAUGCAGCCUCCGAUACAACUUGGCUUUGAUGGCCCGUUUAAAGAUAUGUGUGUUUGUAUUUGUUCGUGUCCUUGUAGCUGUCCUACAUUUUCGGCUAUGCUGUUCCCUAAGCAGUAUACUAGAGAGCUGAGCGCAUGGAUAAAUUAUUAUUAUAAGUCAUAUGGGGUAACAAGAUUGGCUUCAAGUUGCAGUUGUCUUUGUGCAUGUCCUUGUGAUGGAAGUGAUAUAUCGACAUCAGGUUCAUCAAUGACGGAGCCAAUAGACACUACAACACCUUUUAAUAUACCAGAAACUACUCAAAAUAUUACAACAUUAUUCACAACAGAACAUUUCGAUAUUGAUAUUGAUAUCGGAAACGGAGUUGGAGGAUGGCCUGAUAAUAGUCAACCUCCUCUUUCUACUACUCCUCCUCCUCCAGAUGAAACAGACCAAUUUGUACAAUGUGUAUUAGGCUUAUGUUCCAAAGGUCAAAAAAUCGAACAAGAAAUAAAAACAUUCAAAAAGGUGAUGUUAGAAACAAUGGAAGGUAAUAAAAUCGCUUUAAUAACUCAUCUUAAUGCAAGAACUGAUGAUUUAAGACACUUUCUUACUGACAUACAUAGUUCAACUUAUAAUCUUAAUUAUGAUAAUAAAAAUACAACGAUCCUGAUGCAUAUGGAAAUGAGAAAAAAAUUCGAUGAAAUGCAUUAUUUGAUAAAAGUCGUUUCUGACAUACUAGUCAAACUUAAUCAUGAAAUUGAUAUUAUACAGUCGAAAAUAUCGUCAAAUAAACCGAAUCUUGGCAACAAUAAACCUUCAAACGGAGACAAUUAUCAAGCAAAUUACGAUCCAAAUGAUUUCAAUAAUCCAAACAAUUGGCCACACAGACGUUUGUUGCCGGAUAUUAAUAUGGUCAACAGUAAUAAAACCAAAGCGAAAUCAUUAGAUGAAUUGCGAAAAAACAUUAAUUAUUCAAACGGAGAGCUCAAUUCACCAGACGUUAACGAUUAUGUAGAUAACGAUAAUUUAAUAGAGAUGAAUUCUGACCCUAUUGAGUCAAGUAAUUUGAUGAAAUUUGAUAGUCCUCUUAGAAAUCACGUAAAUUGGCAUUCACGAAAGAGUAAUUCGGAUGAAUCAAUUAAAACAACCAAUUAUCGUUCUUUAAAUUCUUAUCAUAAAAAUCGUAAUUCACCCCGAAAAAUUUCAAUACAUCCGUCAAUUCCAAAUAUAAAUGCAUAUUUGCAAAAAUACAAAAUUAAUUCAUUAACUCAUCAUCGCCCAGCUUCCAAGGAUCGACAAUCAAUAAAGAUACGUCCUCAUAAAUUCUCAUCACUUCGACCACAAAUGAAAGAUGGUGUAAAUAAGGGAAAAACUUAUACUUAUUCAUACAGCGAUGGACACGGUAAGAAUUUGAACAUUAAUGUUCACCGUCGAAAAAAUCUUACUAAAAGCACAGCUUCCAAAGACAAUGACGACAGUAAAUUUCAAAACGGUUCGAGCGAAUAA